CAACCAUCCCAGGCAGCACACCAGCUCUCACUCCUGGUCGUACAUUGCUCACUGACCCACACGGGUUUACCCCUACUCAUAAUUAUAAGCAAUAACCCAGGUUAUACAGUGGUGGUACAGUUAAACUCACGAUAGUUUAUGAGUUUCUCUGAAGCAGUGUCAACAGAGGUCAGACCCCUUCAAUAUAGUUCGGUGAGAGGCAGUGCAUCUCACGAGAAUAUUCCCACUGCUAGAACAUCACGGAGUAAUAUACCAGUUUCAGCAAGAACCAGAAGCAGAACAUCAUUUAGAAAUCUUCGCAAAGUGGGGAACAAUUCACUAGCUUCGCUUAGAGAAACGACAUGAACUAGUAGGCUGACUGAGACAAGAUGGUUCAAAGGAUUCGCUCAGAAAUGAACGAAACGAUUCAGUAGCAUCAUCGUCAAGAGAAGCUCAGGAAGAUACCCAGAAUUUCCCAGAUAUACGUCAAGAGAGAGACAGACGCAAACUGUGCCCAAAUCGUGACAACAAGGAUGCUUUUUCUUGAGGGAAAGAAGUGUUCCCUGCCGCCGGUGGAGGACUCUCAGGUUACCAUGCAGGACCAGUAUUUGAGGGACGUGAUAGAGUCGGUACUGAAGGAACACGAAGAGAUGAAAGCACAGGAACAGGAGAUUCGGGUACAAGACAGACUUGGAAAGUUUGCUGAUACCUGCACUGCUCAUGGCAUAUACGGUGCAUACUGGAGUCGAGGCUGGUUCCGCCGCACUGUGUGGAUCCUAGUGUUGGCGGUGAUGGUGGGGUAUGGUACUUACCAGUGCUACAACAUCAUUGCAGAAUAUCUCACCUACCCCAAGAAGGUCACGAUCGGGGUGGAGGAGGAGAGGACAGUGUUGUUCCCAGCAGUGACACUGUGUAACCUCAACCCGCUGCCCAGGAAGGACAAGCUACAUGACCAUCCUGUUUACGGAGCUUUUGUACAAGUGGAGGAUGAAAUGGAGAAAAUAUUUACAUGUAACUACCAGGAUUACGUACCUCCUGAGCUUCAAGACUCCAACAUGCAGGGCGGUUCUCCAGAUGACUCAAGUACGUUCUCGAGUGAUGAGACCAGUGCAGUCACUGCAGCCUACAUGACCACUAAAGCAGUGGGUGGAAAUGCCUCGGCAUCACGCAAGAUAAGAGCUGCCCCUGAUGUAGUGGUACCAGCGGGAGACCAGAUGUUUGGACCUACAGAUAAUCCCCCAGUGGACAACAGAACUCAGACUCUCACUUUACACAGGGAAGCAGAAAAUCCUGAGAUUAUAAACGAGGGUAAACCAAGCAAGGAAGAAAGGUCAGGGAGGAAAGAAGACAGCAAACUCGGAAAUAAAAAGGAAAUAAAACUAGACACGACUCCUGAAGACAUCUUGCGGCGUCUCAAGAGACAAGCUGCGAAUGUAACAAAUGCAAUUCCUAAAAAGACCUUCAAAAAUACAACUCUAGGAAUUCAGUUUACAUAUGACUUCGAAAAUUUUACUAAGGCUAAUCUGGACAAGUUACUCAAUCCUCCCAAGGAAAACGAGACUCAAGCCAGGAAGAUACGCUCGAACUGCAGCAACGGAUACUACACUUACCUCGAGUUUAUCAACAAGAAAGCAACCAGUGAUGACACUCCGUCUACCUUCGGAACCUCAAACAAUGAACAUUGCCCUACAGCGAACUACACCUUGGACAUCUCCUAUAACGUAAUUUGUCAACUGGUCGUCUUCUGUGAUAACUUUGGCUGUUUUGAUUACAAAUUGCAAGAGUUCAAAGCAACUAAUAUAACCGAUACUUACAACUUAACUAAGAGGAACUGCAAUUCUACCGAAGUACAUGACUGCAAUAUACUAUACUGCUUCUCGUGUGCCAACGACACCUGUCUACCACUUACGUUUUUAUCAUCACUGGGCGAUGCUUACGUGAGAGAGGAGGAGAUAACACAAGUCUUCAACAACAGCCAUACACCUGAUUUCUCUGACGUGAUGGAGAUGUACGCACCUAACUCUGAAGACCUUGAUAAUUAUUCAGUACCUGUCAAUGAAUCAAUCAACACCUGUACUCGCGACCGACGGGCCUGCUCUUACAGGGACUUCUACGUGUGGAACAGUGACAGCUAUGGCAAGUGCUAUACCUAUAAUUCUGCCUUCCUCAAGAUCAAGGUCGAGAAUAACAGAGAAGUUAAUGCCGCUCCUGUUAAUACCUCCCUAGUCGGCCCCAACUAUGGUCUACGACUGACAAUUAACAUCCACCAGAGCAACUACUUGGCGCUGUUGUCGCAAGACAUAGGCUUGAGGGUCAUUGUACACAGCCCCUACCAGCUACCUUUCCCGGAGGAUGAAGGCUUUAACAUCUCUCCAGGUGUUAGUGUGUCUGCUCGCAUCACCAGGAGGAAGCUGAUCAGGGUAGGCAAACCGCACGGUAACUGCAGGUCUGACACAGAUUCUCAAAUCUUCACUGAGUAUUCAGCUGUUCGCUGCAAGAGGAUGUGUAUUGAACAAGCAUAUUGGCAAAGGUGUUACUGCUAUGCGGGGAAAAGUCCUGCUUACGAUUCUCGUCUACCCAAGCCUCAGACUCCUUGUGAUAUCGCCAAUGUUAGCCACCAGCUUUGUAUGGAGAUGGUGAGGUUCAAUUACCAGCAGCAGAAUUUAAUAUGUGACUGUCCACCAGCCUGCAGCGAGACCAUAUAUGACAGCCAGGUGACAUUAAGUGAGGAAAAUAAACCAUUCUACGUAAUAAUUCAGAAUUUGGUGAAGAGGAAGUUGGCAGAUGACUUGUGUGGGGGAAACUCGAGUGAUGCAGUUCGCAUCCACCUCUACCUGGACUCCCUUAAUUACGAGAUCAUUCAAGAGAGCCCCGCCUACACGUGGGACACACUUGUGUCUAAUGUUGGUGGUAACUUGGGGCUGUUUAUCGGCAUGUCACUGAUGACUGUGGUGGAGCUGAUGGAAUUCCUGGUCGAUGUGAUUCUUAUCUACUUCAAGUCUCGCCAGAAAGUUAAGCCUAACUCACAAAUGAGGAUUGUUACUCCCAUACAAAACAAGGAAUAAAAUCACGACGGAAGUGGACUGCUGAACCUCUGAAAUGGAAUUUUGAU